UCUCGGAGGGGUUGGCGAGCCUGGUGGCCUCUCGAGCUCGCGAAUUUCGGCUCUCGGCGCAUGCAAUGGAGGCGAUCCGCGGCGUUUGACGUGAGGGAGAGAACGACGAGAGUUGUAAUCCCGAAGAUACCCUCCAGGAGACGACGAUGGCGGACGAGGAGCUACCAGCGGGUUGGGAGAAACGCCUCAGCAGGUCGACCGGUCAGCACUAUUAUUUAAAUAUUUAUACUAAGGAGAGCCAAUGGGACAGACCUGAUAAACCUGCAGAUCCAUCUGACAACGGCAAAGCAGAUGGUCCGGAAGAAGUGCAAUGCUCUCACCUACUUGUGAAACAUUCAGGCUCUCGACGACCUUCGUCCUGGCGAGAAGAGAACAUUACUAGAUCAAAGGAAGAAGCUCUUGAACUUGUUAAAUCUUAUAGAGAACAAAUCGCGUCCGGCAAAGCGACGUUCGCCGAACUCGCCUCCAAGUACAGCGAUUGUAGUUCAGCGAAGCGCGGUGGUGACCUCGGGCCCUUCAGUCGAGGCGCAAUGCAGAAGCCCUUCGAGCAAGCAGCCUUCACGCUGAAGGUUGGCGAGCUGUCCUCGCCCGUGCACACAGAUAGCGGAAUUCACAUCAUCCAACGGACUAAAUAAGCCCCAGCUGAGCGCGAAAUAAAUUGCCGAAGACUCGUGAGAAACUUCUCUCUCUCUCUCUCUUUCUCUUUCUCUCUUUCUCUCUUUCUCUUUGUCUUUUAAUCUUAACGACUAUAAAUUCGUACCAAUGGGUGUUCUCUCCCAACAUCAUACGUUGAUUGUUGCGGUAUGCCUUAUUUAAAUCAGAAUUUAAACUUGGUAUUUCAAAUUGAAACAUUUUUUUAGGCUUGAUUUUUUACAUACAUUAUAUUUUUAAGCGUAAAAUUAUUCCUGUCCUACUUUUGUCGAUAAUUUUGUGCUUUGAAAUAGGAUAAUAGGAAAUUAAUGAUGCAAUCAAAGAAUUUUUGAGGCAUCCUUAAUUAAUAUUAAUUAAUUAUAAUUAAUAUUUUAAGUGUAAGAGUGCAUAUAUCAUAAUGUCAUUGAUAUGAGGAUAUCAUAUGAUAUGGGAUAUUAAUAUUGGAAAUUAUCAACAUUAGGGGAAGUAAUAUUUGAAAACGCUUUUUUGGGAAUCCACUUAUCUUACUGCAAGAUAUAGAGAUUGUUUAAUAUUAAAUGUAUCUUCCAGCUUGAUAAAAGUUAAAAAUGAAAAAUGAACUAUGCAAUUAAUUAUUGCUUAAUAACUUUGUACGGUUGUUAUUAGUAGAAUAAUGAAAAAAAGUUGCACGAAAUAUUAAAGAGUGUUAUGGCAGAUUACUUUUGGCAACAAAACUAUUGUAAUAUUGAUUGGCUAACUUUUAAUCAUGUGUAUGAUAAAGUUUCAUUCUUUUAAUUGUAUCCUAUUUAUUUGCAUUGAAACAUACACUAUAUGAUUGAGUCAAUUAUAAUUAAGUUGAAAUUGAAGUUACAUAGCAUUGAGAGAAAGCAUGUUUUAUCAGUUAAAUACUGAGAGUAAGUUUCAUUUUUGUGUAAGUUUUUAAAUAUAUUGACAAAGUAAAUAUUUUGAUAGAAU